AUGUCACAAAGCCAUGCUCUUUCGGACGAUCAGGUCGCGGGCGAGCUCCGCAAGAUGACCGCUUUCAUCCGGCAAGAGGCCCUCGAGAAAGCCCGCGAAAUUCAGUUGAAGGCCGACGAGGAGUUUGCGAUCGAGAAGUCUAAGCUGGUACGCCAGGAGACCGCCGCCAUCGACACGCUCUACGAGAAGAAGUUCAAGCAGGCCGCCAUGUCGCAGCAGAUCACUCGGUCAACGUUGGCCAACCGCACCCGGUUGCGUGUGCUCGGUGGCCGCCAGGAACUUUUGGAUGAGCUUUUCCAGAAGGCUCGCGACCAGGUCACCAAGGUUGCCGCCAAUGACAAGAAGAAGUACCAGGGCAUGCUAAAGGGGCUGGUCCUCGAGGGCCUGUACUACUUGAAUGAGGAGAAAGUGUCGGUCCGCGCACGGAAGAAGGACUCGGAUACUGUCAAGAAGGCCGCCGAGCAGGCAGCUAAGGAUUUCAAGGACAAUGUCGGCAAGGAGGUGACGGUGGAUCUGGACGAGUCGGAGCCACUGCCGGAGGGAUCUGCCGGUGGUGUGGUCAUCGUGGGUGGCCAGGGCAAGAUUGAGAUCAACAAUACUUUCGAGGAGCGGUUGCGGUUGCUGGAGAUUGACGGCCUUCCGGCUGUUCGAGAAACGCUGUUUGGGAAGAACGUCAACCGACGAUUCUAUGACUAG